UGUCUUCAAUAACAAUAAAACGAUAUAAAUAUUUAAAUUUGUUUAAAAUAUGGCGAAAAUGUUAAUUCUAAAAUAGUUUAUUUACUGUUUAUGCAGUACUAGUCCAUAGUCAAAAUGGCAGCGUCCUUCACUAAGUCUAUCAUAACAAAUCCUGGUUUGAAAUCAACUCUGUCAAAGCUGUUACCAGCCAACUAUUCAAAUGAUGGUUCAACCAAAUUUUUAACAGCCCUCUACCCAGCUGUUACCCAAGUGAGACACAAAAAUAAUAAACAACGAGUUAAAGCCCCAAAUGUAGAUGUCAAGAAAGAGGAAAAAUUUACUCCAAAAAAUACCAAAAAAAAAGUGUUGAGUGAAGGGGUUGAAGAAACUAGUUCAAUCAUUGCAGAAAAGCCCAUUGAUAAUGUAUGGAUCACAAAAUUGUUUCCAAAGCAACAUUUUUCUAUUGAAGAAACAAUCAAAAGACACAAAGCCUUUGCACAGCCAUCAAUGUUAAACAACUUAAAAGGAAUUGUAUAUCUUGACAUGAAAUUAAAUUGUACCACAAAAAAAUCGACAAAAUUCAUUAGCCCUAUUCGUUCAACAGUAAGAUUACCAUAUGAAUUUCCAUUUGGAUCUCCACCUGAUAUUUUAAUUUUUUGCAAGACAGAGGAAAACUUAAACUUGGCAGAAUCAUUAGGACCAAAGCACUUUGGAACUCCAGCAGAUAUUAUUAAAAUGAUCAACAAUGGGGUGAUCAAUCCUUCAGAUUUUGAACAUGUGUUGGCUACACCUGAUUGUGCAACAGAGUUGUUACCUAUUCGUUCUUACUUCAGAGAACGUUUUCCACAGAGAGCUAAAGGUACUCUAAGUAGUGACUUGCAAGCUAUGUGGGAUUUGUAUUAUUAUGGCUACACUUAUGAAUCACAAAAAAUUACUGAUGCUUUAGGACGCUUGCAAGUUCCACUUGGAAUGCUGGAACAGCCCACAGAAGAAUUAGCAGCCAAUUUUAAAGCUUACAUUGACCAUAUAUGUAAACAUAAAAGUGUUGCUCUGGGUCCAUUUAUUUCCUCCAUUACUGUUGUGGCUCCACCAUCUUUGGAACAAUUUCUAGUGAAAGUUGAAGACUAUGUGCCAGGUUAUAAAAAUGAACAAGUGGAUUCUGAUGAAGAAGAAGAUGAAGUGGAGGCAGUCCAGACUUAAUUGACUUGUAUACACUUUGAUUUUGAUAUAAUAAAAAUAAACUUGUUUUUUUUUUUGUUU